AUGGGUUUAGUAGCAGCUAGCCUAACCAGAGGUGCUGGCAGAAAUGAAGGCAAAGGGCCCGAGACCCUGUACGCAGGGCAGAAGCUCAACGACAAUGAGUGGCACACCGUUCGGGUGGUGCGGAGAGGAAAAAGCCUUAAGCUCACGGUGGAUGACGAUGUGGCUGAGGGUACCAUGGUGGGAGACCACACCCGCUUGGAGUUCCACAAUAUCGAAACUGGUAUCAUGACUGAGAAACGCUACAUCUCUGUUGUCCCAUCCAGUUUCAUUGGCCACUUGCAGAGCCUCAUGUUUAAUGGCCUGCUCUACAUUGACUUGUGCAAAAAUGGUGACAUUGAUUACUGUGAACUGAAGGCUCGUUUUGGACUGAGGAACAUCAUUGCUGACCCCGUCACCUUCAAGACCAAGAGCAGCUACCUGAGCCUUGCCACGCUUCAGGCCUACACCUCCAUGCACCUCUUCUUCCAGUUCAAGACCACCUCAGCUGAUGGCUUCAUUCUCUUCAACAGCGGUGAUGGCAAUGACUUCAUUGCCGUUGAGCUAGUCAAGGGGUACAUACACUACGUGUUUGACCUUGGAAAUGGCCCCAAUGUGAUCAAAGGCAACAGUGACCGCCCCCUGAAUGACAACCAGUGGCACAAUGUCGUCAUCACUAGGGACAACAGUAACACCCACAGCUUGAAAGUGGACACCAAAGUGGUCACUCAGGUUAUCAAUGGUGCCAAAAAUCUGGAUUUGAAAGGCGACCUCUACAUGGCUGGUCUGGCCCAAGGCAUGUACAGCAACCUCCCAAAGCUUGUGGCCUCCCGGGAUGGCUUUCAGGGCUGUCUGGCAUCCGUGGACUUGAAUGGGCGCCUGCCAGACCUCAUCAAUGAUGCUCUUCAUCGGAGUGGACAGAUCGAGCGUGGCUGUGAAGGACCCAGUACUACCUGCCAGGAAGAUUCAUGUGCCAACCAGGGAGUCUGCAUGCAGCAGUGGGAAGGCUUUACCUGUGACUGUUCUAUGACCUCUUAUUCUGGAAACCAGUGCAAUGACCAAACAUGGAAAACAAAGGACUAG